UUAUAUUUUAUUUCACCCAAAUCUUAACAAUACUUAAAAAAAGCCAGAUUUGAUGGGAAAAAAGCGCAAAUGGCAACACUGAACAUUAUCAACAACCAUACACUACGACCCAGCCUUUUGUUAUUAACAAAAUAAAAACAAAAUAGUGAUAAAAUGAAGAAAAAGGUAUUGCUUAUGGGAAAGAGCGGAUCGGGCAAAACAAGUAUGCGUUCUAUUAUUUUUGCAAACUAUAUAGCCCGUGAUACGACACGACUCGGUGCAACAAUCGACGUGGAGCAUUCGCAUGUGCGCUUCCUGGGCAACUUGGUGCUUAACCUGUGGGACUGCGGUGGGCAGGAAGGGUUUAUGAAGCAGUACUUUAAGACGCAGCGCGAUAAUAUCUUUCGGAAUGUAGAGGUGCUUAUCUAUGUUUUUGAUGUGGAGAGCCAAGAGGUGGACCGUGAUGUGCACUACUAUCAAAGCUGCUUAGAGGCAAUGAUGCACUAUUCGCCAGAUGCCAAGAUAUUUUGUUUAGUGCACAAAAUGGACUUACUACCCGAGGAGCAUCGCGAGCAAGUGUUUAAGGUACGUGAAGGCGAUCUUAUAAGCGCAUCCAAGCCUAUGAAUGUAACAUGCUUUGGCACCAGCAUUUGGGACGAGACUUUAUACAAGGCCUGGUCUUCUAUAGUCACAAUGCUGAUACCGAAUGUUGCUGCAUUGGAGAAUUCCUUAACGCAUUUUGCUAAUGUGAUUGAAGCAGACGAAGUGCUUCUGUUUGAGAAAGCCACAUUUUUGGUAAUCUCCCAUUGCCAGAGCAAGCAGAAUCGCGACUCUCAUCGUUUCGAAAAGGUCUCCAACAUUAUAAAACAAUUCAAGCUUAGUUGCUCUAAACUAGGCGCAAAAUUCCAAUCCAUGGAGAUGCGUAACAAUGCAUUUGCCGCGUUCAUCGAAACAUUUACAAGCAAUACAUAUGUCAUGGUGGUUAUGUCGGAUCCCACACUGCCCUCAGAAGCCACGCUAGUGAAUAUACGCAAUGCACGGAAAUACUUUGAGGAGCUGGACAAUCCAAAUAAUAUUGCAACGAAUCAUUACAAUCACAAGUACCAUUGAUGCGCUGGGAUAUUUGUUAAGUUUUUUGCCGUUUCGUUCCGCUUUCUGUUUUCUUUCGGCUUUCGAAGCCAUACGGUUUAUUGUUGCGCAGUGGAGUGCCCCAAGGCACCCACAGUCUUAUUGCUUCCCAUAUUAUAUAGCCAUUUUAUGCAUAUGUAUCUUAUGUUGACGUGCGUUGAUUUUUCGUACAUUUAUAAGAAUGCUUUAAAGUUUAAUCCUCUAGGCCUUAAGUUUAUAUACAAACAACACGUAACAAUAUAUGUAAAAACAAACAUUUCUAAAUACAAAAUACCAAGUAUAAGUUAUAUUCACAAACAUAUGUAUAAAUGCCACUUCUGAUACGGAUUAGAACCACGAGCUUGCUGAACAUAUCACAGACACAUAUUUAAAUUCAAGGCACGGCAUAGGCAGUUAUAGGUA